AUGUCAGAAAUAGCUGCAGCUACGAGUAUAUCACCUGAAGAUCGUCCAGAGCGUCCAUUACAGACGCAGACUCCACCGCCUGGGCUAUCUGCUCAGCCUUUCUGUAGCCAUUGCCGGGCAACUCAAACGCCUCUAUGGAGAAGAAAUCCUGAUGAUUCUGCCUCUGUCUUGUGCAACGCUUGCGGUCUCUUCCUCAAGCUCAAAGGUAUGCCCCGUCCCCUUAGCCUCAAGACGGAUGUCCCUCGCACACGGAAGCGCCAGAAGGCCUGCGAAAAGGAGCAUAACGCUGAGGGCUCCACCUUUAAGUACAAGAAGAAACAGCCCAAAUUGGAAUCCAGCGCUGAUCCAGAUAACGAUGAUAACGAUCGUGAUGGCGAUGCUGAUAGUGAUCGUCUGGAUACAAAAAUAAAUUUGGAUGGCUCUCCAAACGAAAACAGCUCGCUUAAACGCCCGGACUCCCCUAAGCGACAAGCCAUGCCUAAGGACUACGACUAUACGGCACCGUACAUGAUCAAGCGGCCUCGGAAAUCAAAGUACGAUAUCACUGAGAUGGCUCCACCCAAAUCUAUACUUGAGACUCUUGGGAUCGAACCCAUUCCAGGCGGACAGGGGAAGCUCGACUCGCAGUCUAUCAGUAAACUUGUUGGUGGGAUUGCCCCGCUUAAUAACUCUCAACUACAAAACGCGCAUGCACAGGUGCAGCAAAAUGAGCAAUUGGGACAACUGGGGCAACAGGAGCAGUAUGAGCACAAUGAAGACCAUGACCCCGAUCAGUAUGAUGAAGCGCGCCACUUGCACAACUCCAGUACAAGUCAGCAUGAUGAACCCCAAGACAGCCACCGUCUUACCUCACACCCGCUAACCAUAGACGAUGUUAGUGGUAGUGGCAGUCACAAAUCAUUGGCACCAUUUGUUAACCACUACUCAUCGAUAAAUCCGGCAUCAUCAUUAGCAACACAAGCGGCACAAGUACCAUAUCAAAGUGAAGUAAGUGAGCAGGUCACAUCCAGACCAAUGCUACAGUCGCACACAUCUUCACCUAUUAUACCAUAUCAAGCACACACCCAUUCACGCCCAAUGAGUCAGAGUCUAUCAGCAAUACUUAACAGUCAUCACAAGUCAGCGUCAGCGUCAAACAAUUCGUACGAGCCUGUAGAUCAACUGAGGCUGUUGAAAGCCCAAGUGCAGGAGUUAGAGAGGGCAUAUGAGGGAGCUCUCGACAAGCUAGACAGGUGUGAUAAGUGUGAGAAUGAUCACAACCACGAUGACGUCAAAGACACAUCCACAGAGUCAUCUUCGGAAGGUAUCCAGUGUGAUGACAGCAGCACGCAUAACACCGCCGAAGAAGCACCGAGGAGGAGUGAGAGGAGCGAGAGGCGUAACAAAAGCAAGAGUAAGAGCAUGAACAAUAACCUCAGCUGUGAAGACAGCGAACAGUAUGAGAAUAUUCGAUUCAAACGCACUGAGAAGCGAAUCAAGCGUCUGUGCGCGUCGGAUAGGACAGGACUGCGGAUGUGUACAUGGCAUGAUGCCCAUCACUCCCCACCACUGUAUCCACCACGAGGAGCUCCACCCGGUAUAAUGUCGUGUGGGUGCACAUUUGACCAGACGCUGUUCGAAGAAACGCUUUCGAGGCAUGGCGUGGGUAGUAUACAGCCCGGUGACGUGACUAGGCUAGACGUAAAAAUGCGCGAUAAUCUACUUGGUCUCCUUGAGUGGCAGUAUGGCUACGUCGACGGCGAUCUCGAUAAAGAUCCGUCUACGGGUGCUUUAACGGAUCUGGAGGAAUUGGGGCUGUCUUCUGAGCGCGAUACGCCGCUGAGGAUGCAAUGA